CCCGCACUGACAGUCAACAGCAGCCUGUGUGUGGGUGACGGCGGCUAGCAUCACACUUCACCGUGAAAGUGCUAACGUCAGCCGAGCGAACAGGAAACAGCAGGUGAAUUUGUGUUACACACAGCUGAGGAGACCCCUAACGAACAGGAUAAAACGUUUCUACGAGUACGACGAGGAUGCCUGUCCCGGCAGGAGAGGGAUGAAGAUGACACCGCUGUUGUGGCGAGUUGUGUCAGUGUGGAUAUGUGUAGCUGUAGUCUGUCGGUACCCCAGUUGUUAUGUUGGUUGCACAGAGUUGCAGCAAGAGGCCCAGAAGAUUGUAUCCUCGCAGGACACCAGUUCAGAGGACGAGCCAGGGGAAAAGGCUUAUCAUGACAAGGUUGGGGAAAGCUGGGUCUCACCUGCACAGUCUGUCUCAGAACAUGAGCAGCUGAUAGAGGAUGAUCACCAAAAAGAAGAGCAGAUAGCAGGAGAGGUGGACCAAAAACAAUAUGUGGAGGCCUUUGAAACAGAGGAGCCUGCUGUAGAGGUAGAGCUGGAGGCAGAAAAAAGAAUUUCACAAUCUGAGCAAAUCAUAGAAUAUCAACAUCCUGAAACUUCGGUCACUCAGGAUCAGGACUCUGCCUCCGUGCUGCCUUCCCCAGACUCUGUCUCUGGCCUCUCUGUUGAUAAUAAAGAGGACCCCAGCAUCCCUAGCCCUCAAGACAACACCCCAAAUGAUGUUUCAAGAGAUGCAUCUGAUGUAGCUGCUUCUGAGGUUCUUGAUUCUGACCUGACUCCAGCUGACUGUGAAGAAGAAGAAGAGAACAACCCAUAUGACAAUGAAAGCAGCCCUCCAGUAGUUCUGGAGAACACUUCCAAUGCUCACACUACAGGUACUAAAACCCACACUGACCCUCCUGUAAGUUCUCCAGCUGAUCACAGCACUCAGCAUCUGGAUACCAACAUAUCACACAUGCUGAAAGAGAAGGACUCGAGCUCCCCUGUCAGCACAGACACAGAUUCCAGUGUGAGCGGCAAGGACCCGGAGGACAUCCCCACUUUUGAUGAGUGGAAGCGGAAAAUGAUGGAGGUGGAAAAAGAGAAAACUCUGUCUACUCACACCUCAAACAACGGGGCUUCUCAAACUGUGAAGAAGGUCCAGAAGAACUUCAAUAACUAUGCUUCAGUGGAGUGUGGAGCCAAGAUACUUGGCGCUAACCCAGAGUCUAAGAGCACUUCAGCCAUAUUGGAGGAGAACAUGGACUUGUACAUGUUAAACCCAUGUAGUAACAAAAUCUGGUUCAUUAUUGAGCUCUGUGAGCCCAUCCAGGUGAAGCAGCUGGACAUCGCUAACUUUGAGCUCUUCUCUUCUACUCCUAAAGAUUUUCUUGUCUCCAUUAGUGAUAGAUACCCAACCAAUAAGUGGCUAAAGCUGGGGACGUUUCAUGCCAGAGAUGAACGCACAGUUCAGAGCUUCCCAUUGGAUGAACAUCUUUAUGCUAAAUAUGUAAAAAUGUUCACCAAGUACAUAAAGGUAGAGCUGGUCUCUCACUUUGGUUCUGAACAUUUUUGCCCCCUUAGUCUCCUAAGGGUGUUUGGAACAAGCAUGGUGGAGGAGUAUGAGGAGAUAGCUGAUCCCUCAGAAAGACCAGAUGACCAGGAUGACGACUUGGAUUAUCCCUCUGGAUAUGCAUCUGGUGAAGUCAAGUUAACUAAUAAUAUAAUUGGAACAGCUAAAGAUGCCCUGAUGAACAUGGUGAAUAAUAUUGCUAACAAUGUUCUUGGGGGAAGCGCAGAGUUGCAAGGCAAUCUUUCAUCCCAAGAAGUGAAUGUGACUGAGCCAUCACAACAGCUUGAGACCUCCACUGAAACUACCACUACAGACCUUACUUCAGUUUCAGAAACUGAAGAAGUGCAGAUUCCACCUGACCCUGAGAUCCCUGAAACUAUAGACCCUUCAUUAGAGACCCCUUUGCCAGAAACUCCUACUAUCGAUAGCAGCAAACAAGAGCUCCCCCUAGUGGAGGAACAAAUAGUCAUUCCUUUACAGAAAGAUGAAGAAGAACAUAUAAGCUCUACGAUCAUUCUUCUGGACAAGGAGGACGAGUUGGAUGAAGACAAAGAGAAACGGGAUCAUCAUGAACAACAAGAAAGCCAAAACUACUGCUCUCUACUUCCUUCACUUUCCUCAUGCUCUUGUGCAGCCUCCCUUCAGGAGUAUUUCCAGCAGCAAUGUUCAGCCUCACUAUCCAAAAAGAGGAAAUGCCAAAAAAUGGAUAGAAAGCAAACGAUUACACCCAUCCAGACGCCAGCUUGGCAGCUAACUCUGUCCCCCACUGCCUGCCCUGAACCUCAGCAACACCACACUGAGGUACAUCAGCCCCAUGAAAAAGAACAAGCUUCUGAGCAGGAGCCAGAGAGUGAAGCCAUCGCGUCAGAAGCACCGCAGCCUCCAGGGAACACAGUAGAAUCUGUAUCUGAACCUCCUCCGCUGGAGCCCAGUCAAACCUCGAACCUCCCCAAACCGAGUGCCACUCAUUCAUCCUUUGCCAAACCUACCCCUGUUGUGGAAACACCACAGCUGUCUUCUGAGGAGCCAGUAAAGGAGCCAGCGCCACAAAAGAGCCAGGAUGUGCUGGCUGAGGAGAAGCACAUUGAGCCUUCAGCUUCUCUCAGUAACUCUCUCUCUAUAAAACCCACUGUUAGUGCUGAAGUGGACGAUGCAUCAGCAGCACCAACGGAGGAGAAGCCUAAUGUUGAUAUUACUCAAGAAGAAAUAAAUACAGUCAUCCAAACCCAAGUUAAGACAGAUCUGUCUCCAGUUCUGCUUCCCACCAUCCCACCUUAUUUAGAACAACCUGACCCACCAGUUGAACCUGAAAGCAGCACUGCUUCCACUGAAGUAUCCCACCCUACUAUAGACACUGUCACAGAGCCUGAGCCCUCUGGUGGUCCUCCGGCCAUCACAGAUGCUAAAAUGGAGGAUCUUACAGAAGACAUCUCUACAUCUUCAGGUGGCAUCAAUCAGCUACCUCGUCCUUCUUCUCCGACUCCUCCUUCGCCUACCUCACCAUCCCUCUCAGACAUCUAUGCAGAUCCCCCGAAUGGCACAGAGCAGAAUGGGAACCCAGUGCACGGAACCAACCAGAAAGAGUCUGUGUUCAUGAGACUCAACAACCGCAUCAAAGCCCUGGAGAUGAACAUGUCGCUCAGCGGGCGCUACCUGGAGCAGCUUAGCCAGAGGUAUCGAAAGCAAAUGGAGGAGAUGCAGAAGGCUUUCAACAAAACCAUCAUUAAACUUCAGAACACCUCUAGAAUUGCAGAGGAGCAGGACCAACGUCAGACUGAAUCCAUUCAGGUGCUGCAGGGCCAGCUGGAGAAUGUGACUCAGCUGGUUCUCAACCUGUCUGUCAGAGUCAGUCAGCUGCAGAAUGAGGUGUCAGACAGGCAGAAUUACCUGCUGCUGUCUCUUGCGUUGUGUUUGUGUCUCGGCUUUCUGGUGUGUGCCAACCACUGCCGCAUCUCCACCGUUCCUCCAGCCGUAGAACCAGAACCACCCAUGCCCAAGAGCUACACCUUCUGCUGUCCUGAAAGGCAGCUCUCUUGUGGUGAUGAGACGGGCUUGAAGAGAAGUGCAUCCUAUCCACUCAUACACUCUGAGUCAUUCCAGUUAGCCACCACUGAAGGCCCAGAAAUGCUGCAUGCAGAGGAGACACAAAGUCUCUGCUCAGUGAACAGAAAGAAGAGGCGUCGUAAGAUGAAACCCCUGGACAAAGUAGAGACUCUGAAACCCUCUUUUCACGCUGCUCCAGAACUGUGUAACGGAGCUGUAAUAUGUAACGGUGUGCCUGUCACCACUAACCCCAUCCCCAUUACACAAAGGUUACUGCAACCUACCUUUAGAGACUCACCAUCAGAAGGAAGCUCAGAGGGAUCUUCUCAUUCAGAUGACCCCUCUUUCUGUGGCAUCUCAACCUGCUCUCGGAUCUGUGACGGCCUCCCUCCACCCAAGGGCCGGGCGGAGAAACGGGCAUUAAGACGCAGGCGUCCAAAGCCCAGCUGUGCAGUGGUGGAUAUGCUUCAUGUUCCUCGGAGGGACGAGAGUGAACCUUUGCCCAUUGCUACCAUACAUGACAUCAUGAAAAGGAAAACUGAGCAAAGCUCUGGAACAUUUGUGGCGCUCUCAGGUCCUGUCUGACUUUAACAGAGACUAAAACUCCACUCCUUCUCACUGCUAGACUCUUUCAAAAAGAGGAUGGCUGUACAUUUCUGUAGCCAGAGGCAGCUUUCAGCUUCAACAUGAGACAAUCCAUUUAUUCUUACUGUUAAUUUGUUUUUUGUUCAUGUUCUGUGUUCAGUUCUCGUCAGACAUUUAUAUUUGUUACAUUUCGAACUGAAGAAAUGUCUUCCCAGCUUUCCAUUAAAGCUUUUCUCUUUUGUUUGUGAAA